AUGUCGCAGGUGAUGGCGGAUAAGCUUUUUACCAGGGGUUCAGUCUUCAUUAAAUCCCAAAGCAUGAGGGGUGUCAAAUGUGGGGGGGUGCUCGCGGCACCUUCCGGAAACUUCUCCAGCCCCAACUUCCCCAGGCUGUACCCCUACAACACGGAGUGCGUCUGGCUGAUCGUGGCGGCCGAGGGCUCGUCCCUGCUGCUCACCUUCCACGCCUUCGACCUGGAGUACCACGACACCUGCGCCUUCGACUUCCUGGAGAUCUACACAGGGGCCUCGGGGGACAGGGGCAGCCUGCUGGGGAGGUUCUGUGGGCAGGAGCCCCCACCGCCCUUCACCUCCUCCUGGCACGUCAUGUCCAUCGUCUUCCACUCGGACAAGCACGUGGCCCGCCCAGGAUUUUCCGCAGGCUACCAGAAAGAUGUGUGUGGCGGCGUUCUGACGGGCCUGUCCGGCGUCCUCACCAGCCCCGAGUACCCCAACAACUACCCCAACAGCGUGGAGUGUCGCUGGGUGAUCCGGGCCGCGGGCCCUGCGGCCGUCAAGCUGGUGUUCGUGGACUUCCAGGUGGAGGACAGCGAGGGCUGCCCCUACGACUAUGUGGCUGUGCUGGGGGGGCCUGGCCCGGCCCAGGAGCACCGCUACUGCGGCCGCACCAGGCCCCCCACCCUGGUGUCGCUGGGCCGCGAGAUGCAGGUGGUCUUCAAGUCCGACUUCAACAUCGGGGCCCGGGGCUUCAAGGCUUACUAUGUCUCAGGAGAGUGCCAGGAGGUGUACACAGCCCUGCGGGGGAACUUCUCCAGCCCACAGUACCCCGGCCCCUACCCCAACAACGUCCACUGCCACUGGACCGUCCGCCUGCCACCCGGCUACCGCGUCAAGCUCUUCUUCCUCGACCUGGAGCUGGAGGAGCCCAACGGCCUGACCCGGGCCUGUGACUUCGACCGCCUGGCGGCCUUUGACGGGGCCAGUGAGGAGUCGCCCGGGCUGGGCAGCUGGUGUGGCCGCCGCCGGCCGCCGCCUGUCAUGUCCAGCGGGAACCAGCUCCUGCUCCUGCUGCGCACGGACCUGAGCACUGCCCGCCGGGGCUUCUCCGCCGCCUACAUCGGAGUGGUGCCCGUGAACGUGAGCUGCUCGCGCACCGACUUCCUGAUCCUGAUCGCGGCGCGCGCGCUGGCCCCGCUGCCGCGCACCAAGGUCUACCUGGGCAGCCGCGGCUGCGCGGCCCAGGAGGUGGGCGGCAACUUCCGCAUCCAGGCCCGCUUUGACACCUGCGGCUCCGAGACUCAGAGGAGGAACCACACUUUGGUCAUUGUCAGCGUGCUGUACAUCGACUUCUCGGACGGUGAGCGGGAGGACGUCCACGAGUACGAGGUCCGCUGCGAGCCGAGGCACAAAGAGGCCUCCGUGCACUUGCUGUCCGGCUCCGACUGGCUGGGUCCCUACGCGGCCACCGCUGAGCAUCUGCAGGAAGCGCCCCCCAGCGACCAGGUGGAGGCGCUGGAGGGCCCCGUGGCUGUGGUGACGCAGGACACCAGUGACAUCGUCUUCCUGGGCCUGUGCGUCCUGGCCGGCGUCCUCAUGGUCAUCGCCAUCGUGGUCCUGAUGCUGCUGUGA